AUGUUCACUCCAUAUUUUCUAGUAGCCAUAUUGAUACAUUCGACAUUAGCUACUAAUCUGCCCAGUUCCGGUAUGUUCCUGGUGCGGAUUCUAUCGGAGCAACAUCUUCGUGUUCAGUAUUGUUUCACCGAAUUACCAUAUCCAAUGAAGAGUCUUGGCAAGAAAUGCCUGUUAUCCGGUGAACUGAAAAUAUCCAACAGAAAGGAAGUUGUUCUUGACCUAAGGCUCACGAAUCUUACUACGGAGCACGUCACAGUGGAGUUGGAAAUCGUCGAUGGCGUCGGAAGAUCCGUUCGAAGGCUGAGGAACCGGAUUACUGUCGAUGGAGCACUUCCAGCUGAACGUAUAUCUGUCCCAAAGGGCAUAAUAAUGGAGUUCGUGACGGUCUGUGACAGACCCUUUUAUGGUGUUAUGUGUUCCCGUCAGUGUCUGGAACAAGAUGGAGCUAACUACGUCUGUGAUCCACGUGGGGAAAAGGUCUGCUUGGUUGGAUGGACUGGAAAGGACUGCAAUAUCGCAAGACCCGAAAUCUCUCUUGAGGAGCCGGUUCAGCCCAGCUCAUCUACGCCAUCACCACCAUCAGUUAGCACUGGUAGGUUUUCAACAAGAAAAAUCGAAACAACCACCACGUCAAGACUGUCGACUGAGGGAGUCGUGUCCACCAUGCCCAGUGCAACAGCGUCAGCUGUCUCCACUGGAAUACCGUCUACCAAGAACCGAGUGCCGACAGAUUCUACUCCAACAAGCGUUACCACAGCUACUGAUGCGAUAGUAGUCCCAGCUUCUGAACCUACAAUAAACACUGUUUACGUAGUCGCACCGAUAGAUUACGUUCUCAUGGCAUUUAUACUUGCCGUAUUGAUUGGUGCAGCUAUCUACGCGAUUGUGAAGUUUGUGCGAACCCCCGUUGUGCAAAAUUGGAUCAAUCGAGGAAGAAUGAAGGUUUUCGCUCUGGAUAGUAUUGUGUUGCCAUUGAAGAAGGACAUCCUAUCCAUCCAGAAGCCUACGAAGAACUUCCCGAAAGCCAUGGAAGUGGAACCCAAAGCGAUAUGUGACCAACAUUCAACAGUUCCGCGAUACUCGUCACCUACCCGAGACAACAGGGAAAAGUCGCCCCCCGGCGACAUUAGUCUGAUAACUGAAUCCAGCGUCUACCACGAAAUCGACUCGUUUCUUGUGGAGCCUGGAACCCUUGUCUAG